CCAUCCCCCUUAUCCUCCUGCAUUUAUUGACACAUAAUGAAUUUAGCAGACGGCAGCCACAGCUGGUUUCACUAGCUCAUGCAUGGCAGGGAAAAUUAUUUUACACUUGUUAUCUAUAAGAACAGAUUUGAAUUCGGUAUAUUCUGACACCUCACAAUGGUUGAUGCUGAGGUCUUAGUGCAAAUACUAGGUGUAUGAACAUCUCCUGUACCUAUCAGCAAGAGGCGAACAUCGCAGUCAGCCCUAUUCUUCUGUUCUACAAAAGGACUCUUUCAUGUACGAACAUGACUGGGAGUGGAAAGUGCCUUAUUUGGCUAUUCUUUUGCAUUUGGAAUCUGAAAAAAGCUUUUGGAAUUUCAGAACCAUCAUUUAUAGCAAAAAGUGAAGACAGAUUAUUCAAAUAUUUAUUUCAACAGCAAGAUUAUCAGAAGUGGGUUCGUCCAGUUGAACACUUAAAUGACACUGUGAGAGUAAAGUUUGGCCUUGCUAUUACACAGCUUGUGGAUGUGGAUGAGAAAAAUCAACUGAUGACCACUAAUGUUUGGCUAAAACAAGAAUGGGUAGAUGUCAAAUUAAGAUGGGCUCCAAAUGAGUUUGCUGGGAUAACUUCAAUACGUGUUCCAUCAGAUUCUAUCUGGAUUCCUGAUAUUGUUCUUUAUGAUAAUGCUGAUGGUCGUUUUGAAGGAUCUGUGACAAAAGCUGUAGUGAGAUAUGAUGGCACCAUCACUUGGACCCCACCUGCAAAUUAUAAAAGUUCUUGUACAAUUGAUGUAACAUUUUUCCCCUUUGAUCUGCAAAACUGUUCCAUGAAGUUUGGGUCUUGGACUUAUGAUGGAUCGCAAGUUGAUAUUACCCUUGAAGACUUUGAUGUAGACAAAAGAGACUUCUUUGAUAACGGAGAAUGGGAAAUAGUAACUGCAACUGGAAACAAGGGGAACCGAACAGAUGGCUGCUGUUGGUACCCCUUCAUAACCUACUCAUUCAUCAUUCGACGUUUACCCCUAUUUUAUACUCUUUUUCUCAUCAUUCCUUGUAUUGGACUAUCUUUUUUAACAAUUCUUGUAUUUUAUCUUCCUUCCAAUGGGGGGGAAAAGAUUUCUCUUUGCACCUCUGUGCUGGUGUCUCUGACUGUUUUCCUCCUGGUUAUUGAAGAAAUAAUUCCAUCAUCCUCCAAAGUCAUCCCUCUUAUUGGAGAAUACUUAGUGUUUACCAUGAUAUUUGUGACUUUAUCGAUUGUUAUAACAGUUUUUGCCAUAAAUAUCCACAGUCGAUCUUCUUCAACACGUAAUGCAAUGGCUCCAUGGGUACGAAAGAUCUUUCUUCACAAACUUCCUAAACUAUUAUGUAUGAGGAGUCAUGUAGACAGGUACUUUACACGAAAUGAAGACACUGGUAUAGUGCAUGGACCAGAGAAGUCUAGAAACACAUUAGAAGCAGCUUUGGAUUCUGUUCGUUAUAUAACAAGGCAUGUCGUAAAGGAACAUGAAGUCCGUGAGGUUGUUGAAGACUGGAAGUUUGUUGCUCGGGUUCUGGACCGAAUGUUUUUAUGGACAUUUCUUCUAGUUUCAGUUCUUGGAUCCAUAUUUCUAUUCAUCCCUGUUAUACACAAGUGGGCAAAUAUAAUCGUGCCUAUCCAUAUUGGGAAUAUGCAUGGGGACAGGACUACAUAGACUAUUUCAUUUUAAAAGUCCUAAAAUAUUUAAUGCAUAUAUAUAUAUAUAUCUAUAUAUAUAUAUAUAUAUAUUUGCUGCUGUAAUGUAUAUUUUGACAAUGAAUGCUUUGACAGAACAUAUUUUUAUUUCGAUAGCUUGAAUAUUUAAAUAAAAAAAAAUAAAAACCAAUGAAAAUUUUGAUCCAGUUUUUUAAAUAUUUGUACUUUAAUUUUAUUCGUCAAAAACAGGUAAAGGGGUUAUCAGGUGAUAACUUUUUUUUUUUUUUUUUAAGCCCAGUUUUGGUUAUACAAUAAAAAAGCUUAUACACUCUGCUCCGGUAUCAGGGUGUCCUGUCUGUGGCAGCUGACACUUCGCUUCUCAGAGCUGCAGAUAAUAGCGCCUGUAGCUGACAUAGCUUACAAUGCCGCUCCACCAAUCACUGGCUGAGACAGGACACCACUGCGGGCAGUGAUUGGCAAAGCAGCACUGCGAGCUAUGUCAGCUUCAGAUGCUACUAUCUAGUUAAAAAAAAUGUUUAAUACAUUUUGGUAAUGUUUAAAGGGACACUGGCCCUGAUUUACUAUUGUAAACCUGACCUGUUUUGUCGAUUAUGCACCAGAAUUUGGCACAUUGUCUGCGCCAGAAUUUGCGGGAAAAAAAACCAACUAACUCUCCAUUUUACAGAGUACACCUAAAAUAGGGGCGUGGCCCUAAUCAAAAGGGGCGUGCCCCAUCAUUUUCGAAAAAUCCCAACAUAUUUACUUAGGUUUCCACAAAAAAUUUGGUGGAUUUAAACUCUGGAAAACUGUAUAAAGAAAGCAAAACAUAGGAUAAAGUGCAAAAUGUAAGGAAACACUAGCAAAUACCGUGAAAAAAGUAUAUUUUGGGGAAAAAACUCACAAAGAAAACUACACAACACUCUUAGUAAAUCAGGGCCGCUAUCCUUCACCACUGAGCGUAUGUUCACACGGCGGAAUGUCCGUGCAGAAUUUUGCUGGAAUAUUCUGCAUGGACAUUCUGCUGCAGCAGUCCCAUUGAUUUUAAAGGGAUUUUGCUGUACUGUGCACACAGUGUAAUUUCCACUGCAGAUGUUUCUAUCAUGGAAAUCCCGAGUUCGCCAUCCAAAGAAAGAAUAGUCAUGUCUAUUUGUGGUGGCCUGGUACAGGAGUUGUACCCUGUACCCUAGCUGCCCUGUCAGGCAGCCUCCCUGCAGUGUCCCCUGGGCCCCCUGCACCUGUUCCCCUUGUAUAGUUAUCUUUAUGCUGUGUAUUGUAUAUAAAAGUAUUAUGUCUUUAAGAACCAUUGACAUGUGAUUAACCAGUGUCAUGUGAUUGUAACCCAGUGAGGUAUCAGUGACCAUGUGACUUUAGGGUGACCUAUGGGACCCCUCCUAGUCUACACCAUAUAAGACCUGGGAGGAGCUAGCUCGCUCUCUUGAUUUCCAGUUAAGUCUUUGCUGAGGUCCAGUGCAGUCAAGUCCUAAGAGUGUGUCUGGAGUCCAGAAGAGGCAUCAAGUCAACCAGUCAGCCACAAGUCUACAAGUCCAUAACUCCCAGGUGCCAGUAAGAGCCUGGUAAGUAACAAAUGUGGUAUAGUCAGUCUCAGUCAAGUCAGUCAAAGUAAACCUGUCUUCAGUCAGCGUGGCCUGCAUCAAAAUUGUCCCAGUCCACUGUAAGUCCCAGCAAGCCCUAAGGUCUCUGAAGUCACUGGUCACCACCGUGGGCCUGGCUAAGAUGUAUAGACUAUUCCACCUGUCUAAAUCAGUAAAGCUACCGUU